CCCCAGCGACCCCACCACCGCCCCUGGCACCGGGAGGGGGGGGGGGGGGAAGGCGGCGGCGGGGACACCACUCAGGGCGCCGAGGGGCGGGUCUCUCCGCGCCCCGCUUGUCUCUCGGCGCGGGGGAGACACGCUGAUGGCUUCCUCCUCCCGGAGCGCCGGAGCUCGCCCAGCGCCGCUUUUCGACCCGCUCGGGCCGCCGUAGCGCGGGCGGGCGGCGCGGCGGCCGCGGGGAGCGGCUGGGCGGGCGGCCCUGGGCGGCCUGUGCCCCCCGCCUCCGGCCCGAGAGCCGGAGCCGCCACCCCGCUGAGGGAACGGGAACGGGAACGGGAACGGCCCCCCCCGCCCCGCCCCGCCCGCGGGGGCGGCCCGCGCCGCGGCCCCUCCUCGGGGGAGGCCGGCUGCAUGGGCAGGCGCUGCGGGGCACCGCGGUGGCCGGCCUCGGCUCGGCUCGGCUCGGCUCGGCUCGGCCCGGCCCGGCCCGGCGCGGCGCCAGUUUAGAUUACUGCUGAUCUGAUCCUCUGGAAUCUGCAAAAGGAAAGUCUGCCAGCCUCUGUGAAUAGCUUUGCAGUGUAACAGGAGUGGAGUUCCCGAGCAGAAUCGCUGAGAGAUAUGUGAACGAGCGUAAGCAAAGCAGAGCACGUCGGUAUUUCUGCCUCAAACCUGGGCUCGUUCCACAGGCACGGUCUGUGUGAGGGGUGAAUACCCUCUUGGCACCUGGAGAUGAUGUCGGUUGAAGGGUCUACAAUAACAAGUCGGAUCAAAAAUCUACUUCGCUCCCCUUCCAUUAAGCUGAGGAGAAGCAAGCCUGGGAACAAGCGUGAAGAUAUAGGCAGCAAGGUGACUUUGGAGAAGGUGUUGGGGAUAACGGUGUCGGGAGGCAGAGGAUUAGCCUGCGACCCCAGAACUGGCCUCGUUGCUUAUCCGGCAGGGUGUGUUGUUGUGCUGUUCAACCCUAGAAAAAAUAAGCAACACCAUAUUCUAAACAGUUCCAGGAAAACAAUUACAGCACUUGCUUUCUCUCCAGAUGGAAAAUAUUUGGUUACAGGAGAGAGUGGACACAUGCCAGCAGUUCGGGUAUGGGACGUGGCCGAGCGAACCCAGGUGGCUGAGCUCCAGGAGCACAAGUAUGGCGUGGCCUGUGUGGCCUUCUCUCCCAGCUCCAAGUACAUCGUUUCAGUGGGGUACCAGCAUGACAUGAUUGUCAAUGUGUGGUCUUGGAAGAAAAACAUUGUAGUGGCAGCCAACAAAGUCUCAAGUAAAGUGACAGCUGUGUCAUUCUCAGAGGACUGCAGUUACUUUGUCACCGCUGGAAAUCGACACAUCAAGUUCUGGUACCUGGAUGACAGCAAAACCUCCAAGGUCAAUGCCACGGUCCCCUUGCUAGGUCGCUCAGGAUUGCUUGGAGAACUGAGGAACAACUUCUUUGCAGAUGUGGCUUGUGGAAGGGGCAAAAAAGCUGACAGCACCUUCUGUAUCACAUCCUCAGGCCUGCUCUGUGAAUUCAAUGAAAAAAGGCUGCUAGACAAGUGGGUGGAGCUGAGGAAUACAGACAGCUUCACAACCACUGUGGCAAACUGCAUCUCUGUGAAUCAUGACUACAUCUUCUGUGGCUGCGCUGAUGGCACCGUGCGGAUUUUUAACCCUCUGAACCUUCACUUUGUCACCACGCUGCCGAAGCCGCACUUCCUGGGAACGGACAUCGCGAGUGUGACCGAGGCCAGUCGUCUUUUCUCUGGUAUGGCUGAUGCGAAAUAUCCAGACACGAUUGCCUUGACCUUUGACCCCACCAACCAGUGGCUUUCUUGUGUGUACAAUGACCACAGCCUGUAUGUAUGGGAUGUCAAAGACCCGAAGAAAGUGGGCAAGGUGUACUCCGCUUUGUACCACUCUUCCUGCGUGUGGAACAUUGAGAUGUAUCCGGAGGUGAAGGACAACAAUCAGUCAUGCCUUCCCCCUGGUUCCUUCAUCACCUGCUCCUCUGACAACACCAUUCGUCUGUGGAACACUGAGAGCUCCAACAUUCAUGGCACAGCCCUUCACCGCAACAUCCUCAGCAAUGACUUGAUGAAAAUCAUCUAUGUAGAUGACAACACUCAGGUACUUCUGGACACUGAUUACAACUCAGCAGGAAGUGCAGACAAAGCUGAUGCACAAGUGAUGGAUACAAAGGUGGGGAUACGCACUGUCUGUGUCAGUCCCAGUGGGGAGCACCUGGCCUCGGGGGACAGAAUAGGCACUCUCAGGAUAUAUGAGUUGCAAUCUCUGAGGGAAAUGCUGAAGGUGGAAGCCCAUGACUCUGAGAUCCUAUGUCUGGAGUACUCCAAACCUGACACGGGAUUAAAGCUCUUAGCCUCAGCCAGUCGGGAUAGAUUGAUUCAUGUAUUGGAUGCUGGAAAGGACUACAGCUUGCAGCAGACCCUGGAUGAACAUUCUUCUUCCAUCACUGCUGUGAAGUUUGCAGCCAAUGAUGGGAAAGUGCGAAUGAUAAGCUGUGGGGCAGACAAGAGCAUCUAUUUCCGCACUGCGCAGAAGACAGGAGAAGGGGUUCAGUUUACCCGAACACAUCACAUCGUUAGGAAGACCACUCUGUAUGACAUGGAUGUGGACCCCAGCUGGAAAUAUGCAGCUAUUGGAUGCCAGGAUCGUAACAUCAGGGUUUUCAACAUAAGCAGUGGGAAGCAGAAGAAGCUUUACAAGGGAUCCCAAGGUGAAGAUGGCACCCUUAUCAAGGUGCAAACAGAUCCCUCUGGUCUUUAUAUCGCAACCAGUUGUUCUGACAAGAACCUCUCCAUCUUUGAUUUCUAUUCUGGCGAGUGUGUUGCAACCAUGUAUGGACACUCAGAGAUUGUAACUGGGAUGAAAUUCAGUAAUGACUGCAAACAUCUGAUCUCUGUUUCUGGUGACAGCUGUAUCUUCAUCUGGCGUCUGAGCUCCGAGAUGACCAUCAACAUGCGGCAGCGACUGUCUGACAUGAAGCAGAGAGGGAAGCAGGCAGAAAAAUCUCCUCCACACAAGGCAGCUGGACUCAUGAGGCACGAGUCCAUCUCUGCCCUGUCCUCUGUGCCUGCACUCUCAUCAGACAGUGACAAGGAUGGUGAAGAUGAAGGGAAUGAUGAAGAUGAGUUACGCGGGCUGCAGUCUUUCCAUAUUCAGUCCAACUGCAACACUGAGAGAGACUCAGAUCCAGACAUCACCCUCUCGAGAAGCCUUUCCCAUUGGGAAAUGAGAAGGGCCAAAGAGAUAGCAGCAAUCCAGCGCUCAGAGGCACCAAUGAGCAAGAUGCCCCGGCAGCGUGGGCGCUGGUCCCAGCCAACCAGCAACAUAGAGAUGACUGUGAAAUCCAUGCUUGAUUUGCGUCAGUUGGAGUCUUUCUCCGUUUCCCGUUCUCCGAGUCGAGACUCACUGUCUCAAAACAGCAAUGGGGAUGACAGAGAAGAGCAGGCAGAUCUUCCUGUGCACAUCAACAAAGUUGGAAGCUCAGUACCUCCCCAAGAUAACCGGUCUUGUGUGCGACCCCAAGUGAUUCGGCUUGUGUCUUGUGAAGAGGGGAUUUUCUCUCAGGAACUGGAACCUUCUGAGAGUGAGGAGUGUGUAAUCUACCCUGAGCAAGAUGAAAUCCACCCCACAGACCCUAGCAGUGAGUUCCAGGUAAAAGCAUUGCCCCGUGGGAAGCUAAGUAGAGGCUAUCACAGUAAUGGAUGCCCAGACAAACACAGUCCGGACAGCGCCUGCUCUGUAGAUUACAGCAGCAGUCGUCUGUCCAGCCCAGACCAUCCGAAUGAAGAUUCUGAAAGCACCGAGCCCUUAAGUGUGGAUGGCAUCUCAGAUCUGGAGGGAGAGGAAGGAGAGGAGGACGUGGGUACUAGCAUGCCAGAGGGAGAAAUACCCCAGCCACCAGAUCAGGAAGAGUUCCUCAAGCAGCAUUUUGGGACCCUGGGCAGCGCUGAUGGAAAAGGUGGCUCAUGUAGGAAUCUGGAAAGAACUGAAAACCUCAGCAUUUCCUCUCGCUUUCUUUCCCAGUCCCCGGCUCUCAGACGAUUGUCACUCUCUUCGUCAAAUCUGAUACUGGAUUCAAAGCCCAUCGAGCUGCCAACCCAGACCAAUCGGUUUACACCAAACCUGUUGAAAAAUGAUGGCAGCAGCCAUCCUGGUGAUGCACUGGAGAACAGCCAGCUCUUGGAGAGUGUAAAUUCAAAUCGGGCUGUUUAUGUCCACAAAAAACACAGAUCAUCUUUGGAGGCCAGCAGAGUUGGUAUGGCUCCUGGACGGGUUAUUGCGUCUUUUCCAGAAGGCCCUGUGAAUGCAGUGAUGAGAAAGGCGCAGUCAGUUCACGACCUCGUUCAUGAGGAUAAGGGUCCUGGAGUGAUAUCCUCUGCCAAGCAGCAUCCUCAGACUCUUUUGGUGGUUGAGAAGGAUCCCAGACCUAACAAUUGCAGGGUGUUAUCAGCCAGUAUGUUGAAGAUGGAUGGAUCUGGUGCUCUGCUGGCCAAAGAUGUCAGGGCUGCAAAACCAAAGUCCUACAUGAACCCCACAACCAGCUUCCGGGCUAAGAUGUCGAGGAGUGUAUCUGUAGGGGAAAACCUGUACCUUGGUUACUCCACCGAAAUGUUGACUGAUGGGAGGACUAGCCCUCCAGUGGCAGAGAAGACACUGUUUAGUUCCACAGCAGAUGCUGAGAAGAUUAAGCUACCAGUGAAAGAAAAUGUUCCAGUGAAGCCAGCACUUCAGCCAGUUGUAAACUGCUCAUCUCCCAAGUCCUUCCACAGCAAGUUGGCAUCAUCAAACCGAGCACAUCUGAUUCUUGACAUUCCCAAGCCAUUGCCUGAUAGGCCCACGCUGGCCUCCUUCUCACCCACUACCAAAACAAAAACCCUGCUUGAGCCACAGUCUCCGCAGUCACCUGCUGGGGCCUGUAAAAAGAAACCCUCUCUUCCUGAGGUCCGAGCCUCCAAGAGGGAGAAUCAAAGUGCUGGGCCUCUGGUUCCUGGCAGAGAGAUCCCAACAAGACUUGCUAAGGAGAGCCCAGUGGAGAGUCCAGUCUCCAAGACAGGUUGCCAGGAUGAGCCAGGGGUCACUAAUUCAAAACUGAGGGAGUUGUCAGAGGGCCGGCACCUAAGGUCUCCUGAGGGCACACUGCCCAGGGGCAGGGAGUGGAUCACCAGCAUCGCCUGUGUGCUAGACAGCCAACCUGGACUUUGCCCACUAGACCCCAUCAGGCCGAGGUCUCCUACAUCCAUAACUACCUUGGCACAGGUCUCAGGUGUGCAUGGAUACUCAUCUCUUAUCUUCCCCCUUCUGUCUCCUGUCUUUGUGAACCGCCUCACGAUUCCAUCACAUUUCUUUACGUCCAGCUUCUGGCCUGUCUCAUCCUGUCUGCACCUGUCUCGUUCCAUAAGCCAUCCCCUCAAUGAAUCGUGCAUCAGUGUAGAGCAGUGUGAGCACGUGGUACUGGAGCUCCAGGACAGCAUGCGCAAAGCCAUUCAUCUCUACCGCAUGGUGUUAAAUGACAGAGAGUCUUCUACUGACAAAGAUAAAAUGGCGGGCCUCCUGACAGAAACAUUCUCCUCAAUGAAGAAAGAAUUGGACUCUCUGAAGGAUGAAGAAGAGCUGCCAGCAGUCAAGGAGGCACUGGCGAAGCCACAAGAUACCACUAGCCCACUGAAUGAGGGAUGUGGUGCCAAUCUACCAAGUCCCAAGAGUUUGGGAGAUGAGCAGACACUAGCUUUGCUGGAACAGUACUCAGAGCUGUUGCUACAAGCUGUGGAACGACGCAUGGACAAAAAACUCUGAGGGGUGGCUUUCAGGUGUUUGUGAAUACACAGGAAUAAUCCCAAGAGGAGGACCACAGAGAGAGCUUCAGACUGAUGCUAUCAUCGCACUGGUCUAGGGCUGGUGGGGAGACCUUUUAAAUUUAUUUCCUCAGGCCCCUACAACUGACUUGCUCUAAUUCUUAGCAAUGUGCUGGCCACAAUUUUAAUAUUUUUUUUCCCCAGUGGUCUUCAACUUCUUGUCUCUAGACAAAGUCUUGAAAGAGGAGUUUGGAGAAAUUGCCUUGAAAUUUCUUCAUAGCCAGGAGGUCAGAAUGUUUGGCACCUAAAUAAACAAGGAAAAUCCAGUUUAUCCAAGAAAUUCUGAACUGCUGACUAAAAACAAAGGAGUCCAAGUGAAGCCAAUCCCUUCCUCACCAAGGCUUCAUGAGACUCAAGAAGCAGACUUUUUAUGGGUUUAUUUAUUAAUUUAUUUUUCUGACUGUUGCUCUACGUCACAUUUGUGGCCAUUAUCUUUGUCCUUUAACAAAAACUGUCAAUCCCUUUGCCAUAUCCCAGCGAGAAACAAUCUCUGUAUUAUAAACCCCCAACAGGGAGACAGGCUGGAGUGUCUGUGCAAUUAAUGAACUGUUUUCUGCUUGAAUCUUGUCUUGCUGUUCUUUCUUUUCCUGCCUUAGUUUUGUUACCUGGAGUAGUCCUACUGUUGUCAUGACGACCCUGUCUGCUUUUCUCUUGUUUCAAGACAGUCCCCACACUGUAUUUUAUCUGCAUUCACCUCCAGGGGAAGGCUCUGCAACCCUUGGAUCAUGCUUUGGAGAUUACUUAUUUAAUUCGGCAGUGAUAUUUUUAAUCUGGAAUUUGAUGUUACAUUGAUCCUUCAGACUAGGUUUUCUGCAGACAUUUUAAAAACAGGAUUUAGAUACACAUGUGAAAGUUUGUCUCAGCCACCUUUCAUGAUUAGGAAUUGGAUAUUGUCUUUGAUGUUAUCAUUACUGGGAAAUUUGGGAUGAUGAUUUAUUUGUUGAGAAGUGACAUGGAAAAGCUGGUUUCCAUCUGUUACAGUGUAACUCUGGAUUUGGGAGAUCUUCAGUGCAAUGGCUCAUCCAUGUAAUUUGUUCAUUUCACUGUGAUAGGAAAAUGUUUUCUUCUUGCUUUUCCAGGAAAACAGAAUAUUUACAUCCCAGGAAAGAUGGGAUUCUCUUACCUUUUAUAAAGCUAUUUCAGCUACCCACAGAAAAUGGUUUCUUAAGAACAUCAAACAAGAUAUUUUGGGAUGUGAUUACUACCAUUUCCCUUGUCCCCAAACUCUUUGCUUGUCAUUAAUUUCUGGUCUGAGAAACAGAAAAUCUUCCCUUCUUGCAUUCGUGUGUGCAAUACUCUUCCCACCCUCCGGAGCUUCUCUAAGCCUAUGCUAACUUGUGUGUGUUGUGGCUUAAAACUGUCCAGUGGUGGUUUUUUGGUCAAUGAUAAGCUAAGAAAAAAAAAUAAUUUCAAACCAAUGAAAUUCUUCAGCACCUUCCCCUAUAUUCCCACUCCUUUCCACAACAGGGACAGACACACAAAAUGCUUUAUUUCUCCCUUCAUCUCCAGUCAGCCUUGUAUUUAUUUUAAGGCAGAGCAGUAUAAUCCCAGUUUAUAAAACUAAUGCAAGCAACAAGCUUUCAGUGGGAGAGAGACCACUAGCAUCUGUGGUAAUCACUCAGAGGCAGCCACGCUGCGUCACUUGGUUUCGCAGGUUACAGGCUUGAAGCAGUUUUCUUUCAUUUUACUGUCCUGGCUGUCAUCUCUUUGAAUCCCCAUGGCACUCAGAAGUGUGCUCUGUUGACUUCUCUGUCUUUCUGUGACUGGAGAUCUACAGUGCAGCCUUUUUUCUACUGGGUGGGCCAGACUGCUGUAGAAUGACCUGUUUCUUCCAAAUAACUCCAGGGCUGAAUAAUCUGCAGUUCUCUAUCUCCCCCUGACAGGUUUGCUGGCUGAUCACCACUGCCGAAUGCUUCAGGGCUUGGCAAUAUGGGGAGCACUUUGAGAGCUUUUCAGCUACUUCUGCCUGUAAUUUAAAUCUGCCUAAUCACAUUUCAGGUGUCCUUGCUAACCUUUCCUUCCACGGGCCUGUACUGAAACUUUAAAAGUGUUAAUUUUCUAGUCCUCUGUCAGCAUUGCACUGUGCUGAAGCAGCUGGAGUGCUCAGUCCCAUGGGCAGCUUCUCAUGCACAGGCAGCUUUUGCAAAGGAAAGCAAGUUGAAAACCAGAGAGGAAAUUUCUGGCAGUUUUCUCAAGUGAAAAGGUGUGCUGGAGAUGCUGCGAGUGGAAUGUAUGAUGGCAGUCAUGUUGGGUCUGUGAUGGAGUUGGUGUGGAUCAGGCUUGCUUUUGAGGUGAUUAGUUCCUCCACUUUCAGACUGUGAACAUAUGUCCCAGCAUACAGGAAAUUUCUUGCUGUACUGGGACCACAAGACACUCAGGUAAAAUAGCAGUCCCUUCAACCCAGGUAUCUUUUGGUACUGGCGAUAACGGUUUGAGGGUCCUUUAUAUUACUUCCCUGUGCAAUUUUAUUCCAUUUUAUUAUUUAAACUUGGAGGUAGUGACAAAAAGGGUCAGAGAUGAUACAGAAGAGCCAGUGGUGAGAAUGAAAUAUCCAUUAAGGUAAAGAGCAACAACCAGUGAAGCUGGCAUAGAGAUAUGAAACAAAGCUCUGCAGAAACAAGUCAUGUGAAGCAAAUCUGAUUUUUAAGCUGAUCAGAGUGGGUUUUGCUUCCUGGAAUGGAUUUUGCUUGGGGUCACGGCUGCAUGCGGGAAACCAGAGGUAAAAUCUGAUCAGAGUGAUGGUAAAGAGAAGUGUCAGGCAAGUAGAUCAGCUGGAGGAUGGUUGCGUAGUUUAAAAUAAAUUAGAAGAGUAUAUGUAGGACACUCAGGAAAACAGAGUAGAGGUAGACAUGGUCUUGGCCUGAGGGACACUGUUUGGCCAAUACCUGUGAAAGGUAGAUACAGAAAGGCUUCCAGAAAGUAGAUUUAGGACUGAGAUGGUGAUCUGUAAUUAAGGAAUAAAUUGGGAGGGUUUGGGUUUUUUUUUUAAAAUAUGUCUUAUUGGGCCUCUUGUUUCUUUGCUUGCUGUCCUCUAAGCAACUACUUUUUCUUAAACAGCAAACUCGUGAGCUUGUUUGCCCAAGACUUGGAUGUUACAAAUUGAGUAGUAGAAGUCCAGUAAUGGAGAUGCUGGUGCCCCAAGUUUGUUGCUGAGAGGGGUGAGGAGAUGGUGUUGCUCCUUGUUAUUUGAAACUGGUCCAACUGAUUCUUCCCUGCUAACUUCCUAUUGCUGGCAGUAGGAAAUACUCCUCAAAAUUCUAGUUUACAGAACAAAGAGAACAUAAAUGUGUUACAUUUUGUUGCACCUUGUGAAUAUGUUUCACCACAGGCCAGGUAGAGAAAUACGGAAUGGUAACUGCCUGGGAAGUGAAGAGGCUUGUGGGAGGAGGUAAUAAGCUUGAGUCUAUCCCUCUUUACUGGUUUGUGUGGGUGUUAGCAUAGGCACAACCAGGUACCUGUAUUAAGACAAGUUAUUUGUUUAACAUAAAGCCUGAAAAAAUAAUUUGGAUCUACCUAUCCUCUUUAUAUAUAUUUUGUCCCCUCCAACCCAACAUUCCUGGUCAAAAUGAGAAUAGUUGUUGGGGGUUUUUUGUGUGUGUUUUUUUUUUUUUUGUUUGUUUUGUUUUUUUUUGUUGAUGGUGAUGGUGGUUGGUUGGUUGUUGUUUUUUUUUUUUUCCCAUCUUGUAAAUAGUAUUACUUUGCCUGUGGGACACCCUGAGUUCAUUCUUGGGCUCUCUUGAACUGGUGCAGUAGGAAGGGCUGCAACCUGAGAGGGCAGCAAACUCUGUUUUGUUUCCUGCUGCAGGCAGGUAACACCUUUCUCCUCCCCGUCCCUCAGCAGCACCCAGGAGCUGGGUUAGGGGGGUUUGCGUUUCCUCCAGCUCCUCUCUCAGGUUGUCGGCUCCUUUCCACGGGACCUCCCAGGCGGUGGUUGGGGCAGGCCUUACAGCAGCCCCCUCCCCAGUCCCCCCUUCUGCAGACUUCAUUGCUACUCAGAGGAAUUGGGACGUUUCUUUCCGGGAGUAGAAACAUACAAACUUAAUUUUUUAAAAAGAAAGAAUAUGUAUAUAAUUAUAUAUAAAGAAAAAAAUGGAAUACAGGUAUUUAAACACCAUCAGUAAAUUCAUGCAUGUAUACGAUGUCUUCCCCCCCCCCCCCCCCCCCCCCGGUUGGAUGUGUAGCAUCCAGGAUACUAAAUGACAAAAACCUCAUUAAAAUAAAAGACUAGAAGCCCCCGAGUGAGCAGGUGCUUCCUUCUCUGGGUAAGACCAGCAUGUCCCAGAUCCCAGACCCUGUGUGUAAAUAACACGGGGCUGGGGGGCGGCUGGGGCCGUAUUGGUCUGGGUACCUUGCUGUAGAGCAUGGAGGGGGAAAGGCGCGGGGCAGCAGCAGCGUUAGGAAAAAGCCAUGUCCACUCCGCGUGUCUUUCGUGCACCCGGCAGGCAACUCUUCUCCAACACUACCUUUUUCCUUCAGACUUAAAAAAAAAAAAAAUCCCUUCUCCUUUAUUUAUAAAUGUGUGUUUUUAUACUUUUGGCUUUAGGUAAAAUAAUCCUUUAAAAUGUCUUUUUUUUUUAUUUUGAAAAAACUAUAAUAAAGAUCAUUUGUUGGGUUUUUUUUGCACUGUGAGGCUCCCCCUCCCGUCCCCGUCUCCCCCGGGAGCUGUUUUUAACUCUGUAUUCAUUUGUACUCCGUGUCUUAAACUGUUCCAAUAAAAAUGUGACCAUUUGUUACCGA